AUGAAGAAAUCAAUGCCAGUGCAAGUAUGUUUCACUUUCAUCAGGGUUCUGAAAGUCUUGUCUCCUCCUACUCCUCCUCCGCUUCCACUGCUCGCAAGAAGAUUCAUGGCUUCCAACUCCAAGGGGGACAAUGACAUGGCCAAGAACAUCUUUUCCAUCUCCCCUAUUUCCUACGGUGAUCCCUGCCAUGAUCUGUAUUUCCACGUGAAAUCACCAGAAAACGUCAUAAGAAUGUGUAUCUCACCAGAGCCCACUGAUGAACAGGUGGAGCAGCACAACAAGGCCACCAUAAACUACCUGAAGCAACUGCUGCCGGUGGCCUGGUCCCACAAUUCCCUAACCACCCUCAAGCUCAUCUUCAAUCUCAACUCCUUCGAUGGUCCUGGAGAAAAAGAUUUUCCGGCAGCCUUCUACGCGGCCGCAUCCUGGCUCCACCACAACCACCCCAAGACGCUAUUAUGCAACAUCCCCUCCUUUGCCAGCUCCGGCUCCUUCUACCUCUCGAUAGCGCUUUUGUGGGACCUUGUCGAGAUUCUCUACGGCCUUUGUUCGGAAUGCAACAGCCUUCUUCUAGAACAAGGCCAAGAAUCUGCGGCGCAGACGCUCUACCGUGACACGCACUAUAAGUUGUUGCACGACCGGGUUAUGGAGUUCUUGGCGGAGCAGUUAAAGUCUGAUAUUGACAAAUUGAAGCAGCACAGACUGAAGAUGGAAUUGGAAUCUAAAGAUAAUGAUAAACUGCUUCUCGUUAGCCAGGCUGCAGAAUGUUGCACUCCCAGCAGCCCUGAACAAGUCCAGGCCACCCGCGCCAUUUUGUUGUUUGAAAGCCUUGGGAGGAUUCUUUUCCCGCAAGAAUCAGAUCAAUCAGAAGAAUGGGAACGGCUUAGGAAGGAGUUUUUGGAGCCCUUGACCGAGUAUAGUCGUCGACGCACGCAAGUUUAUCCCAUUCGAGUUCGAGAGCCCUGUGUGGUCAAGAUGUAUUUGGAGGAGGUGAAAGCAGGCGGCAGCAUCAUAAAGUCGGAUGCAUUGCUUCCAAAUGAUAUCAUAAGAUAUGUAAAAGAUAAGGAUGUUGGGGAAGCAGCUGAGAUUCAGUGGAAGGCAAUGAUGGAGAACAUGUACCAGGGGGAGAACAAAUUUAAGAACUGCUUGGCAGUGUGUAACAUCACCUACGCCAUGAGCGCAGUGGCAGAAUUGGCGGCAAGUUUGGGAAUUUUGGUGUCUGAAUUGAGUGAAGAGCCGGCAUGGAAAGGAAAAGUGAUCACUCUGGGUCCAUUGCCUGAUAAGCUGCCGCUGCUGCAUUCGAUACAAGGCAGUGAUCUCAAGUCCAGGUACGACUUUGUGAUCAGCACAUGCAGCAACCGGCUCAGCGAGGCUCCUGAUUUUGAUCAGGUGUGUGAUUUGAUUCUGGAAGUGGCUGUGAAUCAUAACUUGAAGGCGGAGCAGAUGAUCAAGAAGGUGUUUGUGCUCACCGACUCUGUAAGAUUUGGUGGCUGCAGCACAUCCUGGAAGACUCUGUAUGAGGCAAAACGCAGCAAGUUUAAGGAGCAUGGUUACGGGGAUGAUGCAAUGCCACACAUUUUGUUUUGGAAUAUUUGGGACUUUGGGGGGUUUAUGCCUCGUGUAGAAGAACCUCAUCCAGGAGUGACCCUCUUGAGGGGAAACUCGAAGACAUUGAUCAAGUCCUUCUUAGAUAAUGGUGGGGAAAUUGGCCGGCAUCAUCUCCUGGAAGCAGCCAUUGCCAACAAAGAGUAUCAAACUCUCUCUGUGGUCGACUGA